AUGAUGAAACAUUCAGUAUUUGUUGAGAAAUUACGAUUUGUGGAAGAGGAACCGUGUUUUGUUUAUGUCUUACAUUUCAUUAAAAUACAAAACACUUGGAAGGCAGUUGUGGAACAUUUACGAGUAUUAGUAUUCGACGAAAAACUUUGGUCAUAUGAAAUCGCAUUUUGUAAAACAUUGGACAUUUUAGGACUCGAUGAACUUUUACGUAUUUUACCUCAUGGACUUGAUAUUUACUAUGUUCGUGGUUCUGCUUACGUUAACAUUUUGUCUCAAGAGGAAAUCGAUGGAGCUCUUUUAGCAAAAUUGCCAUUUGAUGAAUUACGCACACUAUUUCCAAAAUUGAAAGAUCGAGUAUUAUUCACUGAAAGACUUGAUUUGUUGAUGAAGGAAUGCAGUAAUAUUCCGAUUGAGCAAUCAAAUGAGGAAAACAUUUCGAACGAAGCUGCAAGACAGAUAUUUGAUCCAGAUCCAGUACCUCAAACAACAUACUCAACAGAAGACGUGCCCGAUAGCUCGUUGUUGUCAACUAAUGAUACCAAUUGUGACACAUUUCAAGCAUCAGGGAAUGUUUACAAUCCAACUGGAGACGGUGACAAUGAUGAUUCGGAAGAUCCUAUAGAACAUCUACCUAGCGACUUUGCAUUCGUAUCGUUACCAGAAGAAAUUCAGAUGGUCAUCGGUGAAAAUGAUUUAACAAAACUUCGUGGUCAUACAAAUCAUCGGCGAAUAUUGCUCAAUUUUGUUUUCAAAACUAUCGUCAGUACUUAUAACUUAUUGUAUCCUAAUGCGAAUGAUUAUUUUUUGAUGACACAAGCUUUGCUUAAGGCGUUAAAGAUUUCAAUAGCAGAACUAAAUGCGACUAAUGAAUGGAAAGAAGCGAUCAAACAAAAGUUCAAAAAUGAGCGUCGUCUCUUACAAAAUACAUCCUUAAUGGUUCAAAGGAAACGAGAUAAAUUUGGGAAAGGAUCUGGACGUUUAGCCAAAAAAAGUGAAGCGUUGUCUGCUGAACGAAAACCUAAUAAAAUGAUUUGUGUCAGCCCCAUUAUUGAUGAAACCGAUGUUGAGCAAUUGGUGAGGACAAUGAGAGAUGGUAUCGAAAAUGAAACCAUAGAUAACGAUGUAUUGAUCACUUUGUGGAAGAAAACAUUCGGAUAUCGUCGACUGUUCAUUCGUUCACACACAAUCAGUGAAAUAUUAGAGAAAUUUCUCGGUUAUUCAUACGCAUACUUGGAGCCAAUUGUUCCAACGCCUUGUAUUCAAGUUUCCAAUGAAAAUUUUGAAUUAUAUCUUGAUUGGAGAGUUGUUAUAAGAACAACGAAUCCUACAACAGCACUCUCAUUGUUACUGUCAUUAUACAAUAUAUUUGAAGUCAAGUUUACUAAAAACAAUCACACUUCCCACUUAUUAUACGGAAUUUUUUUCCAAAACGGCGAUGAACUUGGCAAAAAUUUGAGAAUUCUUCUGAAUUCAUGGCAUUUUAAACUUGAAGAUCGCACCAAAAGUCCUCAAAUUCAAACAAUACGUUCCAUCGAACACGUCGAUAUGCCAAUAGGAUCGCCAACACAACUUCACUCUGCAAUGUCGGCUGCAACAAUGGUAGCACCAGCAACACAAACAACAGCAGCAACACCUUCGACAACAACAGCCGCAACACCUUUGACCACAACGGUAGCAGCAUCUCCGACAAUACAAACUGUCUCUUCGUCUUCGCUGUUGAAUAUAGAUGGAAAGGAAUCCCAAGAGUCACCACAAGUGAUCCCGUUGAUAAUAGACGAGGAUGCAAAACAACAAGGUUCGAAUAAUUUUCCAACAGAAAAGGACGAAUCUGAACAAAUGGGUGUUAGUAUCAAAACGUCACCAACGCUCAUAUACUCAAAGAUCCAACAAAAGUCAACUUCAAAAUCUAAACGUCGUAGUUCUUCGCGUUCUCAAAAUGUAGUGUUGUAA